AUUUCCGGUCAUAUCACGGCUAACUUGGCUCUCUUCAUACAGUCGCUGUCAUUAUGGCCAUGUGUUUCCAUGUCUUUGCGGCGUUUCUCUGAGCGCUUCCGAAGUUCCGAGGUACCCUGGAUGGCUUUGUGUUAACUCUGCUGGUAGUUUUGUUCACUUUCGUUGACAUGGAACCUCCGGACUUUGAAGCCAUGAACUUCACGGUGGAGCAGGUGGUGUCGGUGUACCCGUUAUGUGAGGAAUGGAGAGACGGCGCGGAGGGCUCCGUGUUCCACCUCGCCAACAUCUUCCUCUUCCUCGGCUUCAUGGGGGGCAGCGGAUUUUAUGGACUCCUCUACCUGUUCACCUUUUUGACUCUUGGCUUCUUCUGCUCCACUCUCUGGGCAUGGUCGGACUCCUGCACCACAGACUCUUUCCUGUGGAGUUUCGCCCUCUUCGGCGUGUGUUUGGGACAAGUCCUGCAUGUUGCCUACCGGCUGAGGAACGUCUCCUUCGAGAGGGAGUUCAUGGAGCUGUACCACUGCAUGUUUAAAAAAUUAGGGGUGUCGCUCACACAUUUCGGGAAGAUAGUGGCCUGUUGUGACGGAGACAUUCUCGCCAUAGAGAAGGACCACUGCUUCGCCAUAGAGGGAAAAACAGCUAUUGACAAGCUGUCUGUUCUCCUGUCUGGCAGAGUCCGUGUGACAGUCAAUGGAGAGUUUCUGCAUUAUAUUUACCCUUUCCAGUUUCUGGAUUCACCUGAGUGGGAUUCUCUCAGACCAUCAGAGGAGGGAGUCUUUCAGGUGACCCUACAUGCUGAUAGCCCCUGCCGAUACGUGGCAUGGAGGAGGAAGAAACUCUAUCUGCUUUUUGCUAAGCAUCGCUACAUAGCCAAGAUCUUUGCCCUGGUUGUGCGCAAUGAUAUUGCAGAGAAGCUGUACUCCCUUAAUGACAAGGCUUUCAAUAGGUCCGGGCACCGCUAUGAUCUUCGCUUACCAAGUUACUGCCACAUGCCAGGGACAGAAUUAGAAAAGGCAGAUGUCCUCCUUCAAGUGGGCAGGGUGCAGGGUGGAAGGACUGCCUGAAAACACGCACAAACACACACACAUACACACACACACACACACACACACACACUGCUCCAGGCCCCAAACACUUAGAAGAAACUCACCGUGUGUAGGCACGUAAUGUAAAAAUAGUGUCAUUCAGGAAGGGCAAAGCGUGCCUGUUCCAUGUAGGGUAAGUGAGUUUCAAGUUAAAUUAUCUCAGAUCUGCCCAUAUCACCAGAUCUCAAUAUGCAGAUUAGGUAGAUGGAGCUGCUAACAAGACCAAUGUGACAUGAAAUACACCAUCCCACUGCUGUGUUCUGUGCAAGACUCAGUUUUCACAUAACCACAACAAAUAAUACAUUAUUUGAAAGCUCUAAGUCCGAUUUCACUGUCACUUCAACAGCUGUUGACCAAAGAAGGCCCAAAACAUAGGCAAGGCAAAAAAAACAACAACAAAAAAAAAAAACAAGCCAAUAUCCAAUACCAAAAUCCAAUGUGUGCUUGGGAACCUUGAAUGCAGUAGCAUUUUUUUUGUAGGCUUUGUAGCCUUAUACUUAUUAACUUUUUUUUUUAGAGAAACAUUAAUGCAUGGUUUAAUUCAAAGUAGCUACUUUGUUGAAUGUGUAUGUAUGUUAUGAAUGUAUAAAGUGAAAUAAAUAGGCAGCUGCAUAUACUACUAUGAAUGUAACAUUGUGCAAAUGAAGAUGUGAAUAGGCUAAUGAUGUAUGUAUUUUCCUGUAAAAAUUUUCCUCUGUUAUAACUUGUUUUGAUACUUUAAACUACAUCUAUCGGUGGUUAGAGUUUCUCGGUUGUCAUGGACAUGGCUCAGUAGGUGUGUCUUGAGUUACAUUUAUAUUUGUUAUUAUAUCAUUAUAUCAUCAGCUGUUAUAAUAGUUAAAAUGUGUGAAUACAUAUUACAUAUAUAUAUUACGAGCAGUUAGAAUAACAUUUUCCUAUUUUAGUGUGGAUUUUAUAUGCAAAAUCAUUGUGUAUGCUUCUGAAUAAAAUAUUGCAGAGAAUAUGAAAAGAUCAA